UUGAGUUCGGAAGCAGGGACUAUGCUUCAAUCUUGUUGACAACUACGAGACAGAUUCUUGGCACACAAUCCAGCCAGUAGCCUUUUGAUCUCUGUGGCGCGAGACUUAUUCGAUUCCAAAUAUUCUCUUUGAAAACUCGUCAUAAUGCCCAUCAAUCUCGAAAUCCCCAUAUUCGGCCCCGCUUCAGCCCAGACCGCCGCCCAAGCCGGCGCAUCCCGCGUCGAGCUCAAUGCUGCCGGCUCCUACCCAGCAGGCGGCCUGACACCAUCUCUAGAUGACCUCUCCCGGCUCAGCUCUCUCACAAUCCCCGUGCGAGUCAUGAUCCGGCCUCGUGGUCCACCUUCUGACCAGCCGGACUUCGUGUAUAGCGACGCCGAGGUGGACAGCAUGGAGCUGUCGAUCCAGGACUUCAAGACCUCAGGCCUCAUGAACCUCGACAGAGGUGACGGGUUUGUGUUCGGGAUUUUGCGGCUUGCGGCAGGUCGGGGGUUGGUAAUCGAUGGGGAGAGGAAUGGGAGGCUUGUGGAAGCUGCGCGCCCGUAUAAAGUAAUUUUCCAUCGGGCCUUUGAUGCGGUUAUUGAUUACCAGAAGACUGGGGAAACCAGGCGUGUCGAGGAGGCACUACGGGCGCUGAGUGAGUGUGGGUUUGAUGCGGUUCUUACUUCGGCAGGGCCGGGGAAUGCGAUAGGGAAUGUGGACACGCUUGCGAGGGUGGUCGAGCUGGCGGCAAAUGGUAUCGAGGUUAUUGUUGGCGGAGGAGUGAGGAGUAGUAACGUAGAAGCACUGUCGGACAAGCUGAGACUGCGGAAGGGAGGCUCGCGGGUGUGGAUGCACUCGUCGUGCUUGGAGGACUCGAUGAAGGGGACUAUCGAUGUCGGAGAGGUCGAAAAUAUUCUGAAGAUACUGGCCUACUGAAAAACGUG